CUCAUGAACACGGAUAUUAACCGAAGAAUAUUCUUUUCUCUACAAGUCUAUAUAUAUGUGCCUGCUGUCCUAAAAAGCACAGUUCACCGUUCAUUUGGCUUUGUGAGCGACCGACCAUAUCAAACAAGAAAGUUGUUACAGUUACAUACGAUGAACGUUGAAGGCGAGCAAAGAGCCGAGACAAAAGGGUGGAGAAAAGGUCUGAACAAGGUAGGGAACUGGCUGGCACAAAAGGACAAUGAUAAUUGGUUGAAGGACAUUAGGGGUAACCUGAGUUUGGUGGCUACGGUAAUCGCAACAAUAACCUUUCAAAGUGCUCUAAAUCCACCAGGUGGCGUUAGACCGCCACAAGAGACUGGAGUAGUGGCUUGUUCAGAAGGGAUGAACCCAUGUCCUGGAGAAUCUGUCCUGGCUUAUUCAAUGGCCGAAGAUUACAGAAGGUUCCUUAUUUGCAACACUAUAUGCUUCAUAUCAUCCUCAGCUGUUUGUCUCUGGCUUGUUAGUGGGCUCACUCUAAGCAACAGAUUUUUCAACUGGCUUUUGUCAAUAGGCAUGUGCGUCACCAUCUCUAGUCUCGCUCUUACCUACAUGUAUGGUGCUCAAAUGGUCACCGCAAACCCUGUUUGGACCACAUCCAUCUCCAUGUUUGGAAUUGUUAUACUUGUGUGGUUAGCACUGCUGGGAGUCGUCGUUGUUGUUCAUAGCCUGCGCCUGUUCGUUUGGAUUCUCGCUAAACUGAUUGGCAAACCUAAACAAUGAGAUAUUCCAUCUAGGUUUAUCCUAGGUGAUCUAGCCAAAUUAAUAGUGAAAUAUCAAGAUAAAGUAUCUGGUGUUAGUAUUUGGUUUAUUUACUUUUUCUGUAAUGUAGGCUUCUUGCCCAAUUGGCCAAUGUGUUCGAGACUAAGGAGUUUUAGCUUCAAGUUCCUUAACUUACAAUCAUCAAUCGACAAUCAAACUUUUAAGAUCAGAAUUUUUUUUACACCCAUCUAA